GACUCGGGCGCGAGAACCUGUCGUGGCUGUGGUACCCCGCCGAGCCAGGACAUUUCAGUGUUCGUCCCCAUCAUCUCGGUGGGUACCGAGGGGGGGCCCUCAGUUUCUUGCAAUAAGAAAAGAAGGGGAGAAAUAAAUUCAGACGGGCUCCCGCUGAAGGAAAGUGUGGAGCGGAUUUCAUUGGGUCGCUGGAAGGAAAAAAAAAAAAAAGAGAAGCUGUCAUUCGUGUAUGUGUGUGUGUCCCUAUACGAGGGCCUCCGGGUUCCUUGUUAGCUUAUAGAGAGGAAAAAAAAAAAAAAAACCGCGUUUGAUGUUACGUCUGACCAGCUGCUGUUCUCCAUAAUAACAAGAGAGAGAGAACUGCCUGCCCUGGCGAGUUGCGUCACUUUGCUUCAACUUUAGGCUAGAAACCAAGAGAGGGAGAGACGAGUUUCAAGGGAGGCAGGAGCGAGCUGGGAAGCCCUGCCGUCUUCCUCCCACCCACCUACCCCUCCUCCUUUACCCCUCUCCUUUCCCCACCCCCUUUCCCCCUCCAAAAAAAAAAAACCAACAAAAAAACUUUUCCAUCAGAGAAAGAGGGAGAUCUCUUUGGAAACAUGGAGCUGCUGUGCUGCGAGGUGGAUCCCAUGAGGAGAGCUCUGCCUGACCCAAACUUGCUCUACGAUGACCGCGUUUUGCACAACUUACUAACCAUAGAGGAGAGGUAUCUGCCCCAAUGCUCCUACUUCAAGUGCGUCCAGAAGGACAUCCAGCCCUUCAUGAGGAGGAUGGUGGCCACUUGGAUGCUGGAGGAAUGGGAGCUGGUGGUGCUGGGGAAGUUGAAGUGGAACCUUGCAGCUGUCACCCCACACGAUUUCAUUGAACACAUCCUAAGGAAGCUGCCUCUACCUAAAGACAAGUUGCUUUUGAUCCGGAAGCAUGCACAAACGUUCAUUGCUCUUUGUGCCACAGAUUUUAACUUUGCCAUGUACCCACCGUCAAUGAUAGCAACUGGAAGUGUGGGAGCAGCCAUCUGUGGCCUUCAGCUCGAUGAUGGAGACAGCCUCACGGACCUCCUGGCCAAGAUCACAAACACAGAUGUGGACUGCCUUAAAGCUUGUCAAGAACAGAUCGAGGCGGUGCUAGUAAACAGCCUUAGGCAAGUCCGGCAGCAGCAACAGCAAAGCAAUCCUUCUAAGACGGUGGACGAACUGGACCAGGCCAGCACUCCCACAGAUGUGAGAGAUAUCAACCUGUGAGGACAUCGGCACAGAAAGUCACGCUUGCUCCCCCCAGCCCCUUUAUUUUUGUUAUUAUUUUUAGAAUGAAACUUUUUUUUUUUUAAUCUGCUCCCACAUAGAACGUAUUUAAAGCUCUUUUAGGUAAAAAAAAAAUACAAAAACUGAAUAAUGAAAAAAACCCCACAUUUGGUGCCUGUGAUGUUCUACAGAAGGGAAUCCCACAAUAUAUUUGGUAACUGCUAUUUGAUUAUGUAUCAGUGAUAUUAAAUGCUUAUAAAAGCAUACAAAGUAGCUAGAUAACUGUAAGCCUGCAUUUGUGGGAACAAAGUAGAGUAUACUUGUCUGUGUAUUAUGACCUAGUGCAUACACCCCUUUUUUAGAUUUAAGAAAGGAAUCGUGUGUGCGAUUUUAUGGCUUGACUAGAUUGCAAAGCAAUAGAAUAAGGGGUUUAGGACAAAGUGGGAAAAGAUCCCUGAAGCAAUUGAACCAUUUUGAAUGCAGAAGAGAUUUGCUGAUCUGUCACCUCUGUUAUUAGUCAGAAGUGUUUGUUGGAUCUCUGUAUGUUAGUUUUGUUUACUCUUGCUGUCUGUGGUAGCUGCUACCUAAGAAAGAAGAUGCUUUAUUUUGCCAGCCGGAAGAGCAGGUGUUUUUUGGGGGUUUUUGUUUGUUUGUUUUUGGUGUUUGUUCUUUUUCCAAAUUCCCCUCUCCCCUCUUGACUUUUUCUACUUUUCCUUCAGAAAUGGUUCAUUCUAAACACAGCAGCAUCUUUGGCAUAAGGGCAAUCCUGUUUACCCAACUGUGGGCCAAGCCAAAGUUAUCGAGUGUUCACGUUAGAUGGGGGAAAUGCACCAAUUAAUUCCGACCAGUCGGCUAAUCAGACCGCCUCCGACCUUUGGAUUGCAAGAUGCAGUGGAUCACCUGUGAAAAGCAUUAUAUUCCUUUACAGCGCUAAUGCUUCACAUCAAUGUUAACUUUUGGCAGCUCCUUAGCUUGACCGUAAAGACAUUUAAAUGAUGCUCUGUCCAUCUUCCUUUUUAAUAUAUCCUCACUGUGUUAAAGAACGUGAGAUUUGGUUUGAUCCCUAUUCUACCUACCCAUCUUCCCCCCUGCCCCCGCACACUUUUUCAGCAUUUCAUUAACUUUCUUGAUCCACAGUGAGCGUUUUUGUAAACCAUUUCAUUCGAAAAGCACUUUGAAAAUUGUUCCUAAGGGAUUAAAUGAGAUGGUUUAUGACGAUUUUGCCGAGGAGAAAAAAAAAAGAAAAAAAAAAAAGAAAAAAAGAAAAAGUCACAAAAGCAAAGCAUAUAGCUUUUUAUAGUCAAUAUUUUCCAGUAUCUGGUGUACUUGGUUAGUUGCGGUGUUGCUGGAAAUACCAACACCUGCUUCAGAUGACAUUCCUGUCAUGACAUUCCGGAUAAAAGCCUGAUGAUUUGUAUUGUUCAGUGUCACAGAAGGAUCUUAAUACCACCUGCAUGCUUAUCUAUGGACAACAAAAGAAAAUUGCUGGUGCAAAAGACACGAGUGGUAAACAUCAAGGUGUGUGACUUGGAGUUUUAUUACAAAGGUGUAUUCAGUGUACUUGAAUUUAUUUUUCUGCUCCAUCUGUAACGAAGAGGCAUUUAGAUGGCAAAGGAGUUGGAGCAACUUUUUUUUUUUUUUUUGCACAAUUGUAUUAACAGUUUGCAAAUAUACAGUAUGAAGCUGUUGGUUGAAAUGUUAAUGUUUGCGUUUUUAAGACAAAAAUCCAGAAAGAACAUGCUACUUCGAAGAAUAUUAUAUGAAUGGACUCAGCCAUAUUUGGCUAGAUGAGGGUAGAAAAUGGAGUAAGAUUCUAAGGUUUUGUUGUUUUUAUGGUUUUGGGGGUUUUUGGUUUUGUUUUUUUUUUUUUUUGCGCUGCUAAGAAGCUAUGAUUUGUUUCAUUCUUAUUCACAUUAACAGUACUUAGCUGUAUUGUUUCACUGAGUGUGCUGCUAUUUUAUAAACAUUUUUAUAAUAUAUUAUUUUACUGCUUAAAUUUCAAAUCCUGAAGUAGAUGGUUAAGUGGAGAUAUGAUGAGUUCUUUGAUUUACUGGAAAUGCUCUGUACAGGUUUUGGUUUGUUUUUUUUUCUAAUAGCGUGUUCAUGAUUAUUUUUUUUAUUUUAUUUUAUUUUUUCCUUCUUUCUUUUUUUUUUUUUUCCUUCCUUCCUGAUCACAUCCUGCAAAGACGGUAUACUUACCUCAGGUUUACUGGACAAAACAGAAAUGGUUCCCAUUUUCACAAUACCUCACAACACGACAGUUUGGUUUUUCCCCGGGGCCCACGCUCCGGCCGCGCCGGGGCGAGGUUGCAGGCAGCCGGGGGCACUGGCUCCCUUCUGGUCUUCGGUAUCCUUUUCAUAGUGGAAAAAAUGCAUUGAGUCUCUGCGGGCGGCUUCACCGGAGCAAGUCUGUGUUUCCCAAAACCAGUGGUGGGGACGGCCUUGUUCUCACCGCCGUCAGCUCCCGCCUUGAUGUUCCACAUGGGGGAGCACCUGAAGUUCAGCGACGGUGUCUCUCCUGGAGGAAAAAAGUUAAUUAAUUUUGCGGAAGCAAGACUCCGGAGCUGCAUGCAGCAUAUAUAUGACAGAUGAGAACAUUCCUUGACGGUCCUCCUACGUUAGCAAGUGGCGGCUUCACGGGGCGGCAAGCCGGAGGGUCCCCAGACAGUGGGAUGCCCUCUCCGUGCCGGGCUGCAGCGCGGCUGCCCGCAGUCAGCGUAGGCACCACGUCCGUCGCCUUUGCCUGGUGCGCUCCCCUCCGCGCUGUAGGUCGAGCGUAGGUGGGGGUAGCAUUUAGGGUGCCUGCCCCUGCCCUUCAUCCCACCUCCUGCGGCACCCCAGUCCCGUGCGGGGAUCCCCCUCCUGCAGGAUCGUGCCCCCAGGGCUCUGCAGCGCUGACAGGGAAGGGGGGGGCGAGGUCCGCGGAGGGGCGAGGAGCGGGCGCAGGGGUUGCAGCACAACCCGGGUCCUUCAUGGCAUCCCGAUGGGUCUGCCCGGGUCACCGCCAUGGGCAAGAGUGUCCUCAGCCGCAGUGACGUACUCAAAAAAUGCUAACCGUCUGGUUACGCCCAGAAACGUACUGUAUUUGAAGUCUGGAAAACCUAGAACUUCAGCGUUUUCACAGUAGCAUUCAAAAUCAAAAUACUCUAUAGUAUGCUUUUAACAGACGUUAAAAAAGUGAAUGCUACUAUUGCAAAUGAGGUGUGAGAUUUUUUUUCCUGAAUUGCAGAAAUCAUAAACCUUUGUACUGAUUAAUUAAAAAAAAAUACGUUGCUGAUUAUACCUUCACAAGUGCUAAGGGAUCGGCACAAUUGCUAAAAGCGUGUCUUUCUCAGCUUCCUAUUGAUGGUACUUCGAUGAUAUUCCCUUCCCUGCCAUUACUGAAGUGUAGGAGCACCUCGUAAUCUAUUUAUAUUCCCAACAUGCUUGUGAAAGAGAAGAUGACUAUUAACACCAUUUUAAUAUCGAUGAUUUAUGCUUGAAUAAUCAGACGGCUCUUAAUUACUCAGCAAACCACCUGGCCACUGGAUUUUUUCCACUAUGUUUAUUACCAUGUUCUCAUGUACCUCAGAAAUCACUCUCGGUUGCACAGUUUCUGUUCUCAAACUCUCUUUUUUUUUUUUUUUUUUUUUUUGCUUUAUCGAGUGUGAUGCCAUAUCAAGUCAACGUUACUCUCUCACAAUGUGCUCUUUAAGACGUGUGGAUGUUUAUAUGGUCAGGGGAUGCUAGAAAGUGCGGUAGUAGACAUGAUCAGUGUAAACAAAAGUAUUUAGAAAGUAUGCGAGAUUGUUUUCGAUGGAUAAGACUCUGAUACAGUGUAGUCUUGAUUACCUUUUAAAAGGUCUUCUUUGUUCAGUGUUGUCAUUUUUAUUAAUAACCUGUUGUUUUGACUAGUUUAAAGAUGGUUCUAAGAAAAGUGUUUUGGCGGGAUUAGGUAUGCUGUAUGGACAAUAAACUCACCUUGACCUAAA